AGUCUCACCUGGCGGUGACCGUACCCCUGCCGAACACUGCGCUCUCUCUAUAUUUCACAGUCGAGCGUUGACUGGCCUCCUCCCAAUUCUCUUGCGCAUAUCGCCCUAAAAAACUUAGCAAACUCUCUUUCUCUCUAAAGAGGGGUGGCCUGAGAACACGUCAAGGAUGGUGAAGGCCGUUGCUGUAAUUGCUGGCGAGAUCGUGAAGGGACAAGUUUUCUUCACCCAAGAGGGAGAUGGUCCAACUACAGUAACAGGGAGUGUUUCUGGUCUCAAACCCGGGCUUCAUGGUUUCCAUGUUCAUGCCCUUGGUGACACCACGAAUGGUUGCAUGUCCACUGGACCUCAUUUCAAUCCUGCUGGGAAGGAACAUGGAGCGCCUAAUGAUGAGAACCGCCAUGCUGGUGACCUUGGAAAUGUGACUGCUACUGAGGAUGGGACUGCUAGCUUCAGUAUUGUUGACAGCCAGAUUCCACUCACUGGGCCAAAUUCCAUUAUAGGAAGGGCUGUUGUUGUCCAUGCUGAUCCCGAUGAUCUUGGAAAGGGUGGGCAUGAGCUUAGCAAAAGCACCGGAAAUGCUGGUGGAAGAGUUGCCUGUGGCAUCAUCGGUCUUCAGGCAUAAGCACUGUCGUUAGAACUUGCGUGUUAAGACUCUUAGGAGUUGAGAAAAAGCUGAUGAAUUGAGAAUGAUGAUGGGUUAUGUAUGGGAGAUGCAUGUUUACCAGUGCUAUUGUCUUGUUACGCUGAAUAAAAGAACUUUGAUCAUUAGUAGACUACUACAUAUUCUGAAAGUUGUUUA